AUUUCAUGAUCUUGAUCAAUUACAAGAAGAAUGGUUAGCUGAUGAUUUUGGCUACGGUCCAGAGUCAGAACCAGAACAGUACGUGCCCGAUUUCCAGUCUGAGAAUCUACCCCUGAGCAUCAAAAUUAAGCCCGAACCCAAAAGCCCAGGAUACCACAAGCCAUGUGCGCACAUGAAAUCUCCAGCGGCCAGCACAAGCCACCGCCAUUUCAAUUUUGACAAAUUUGAGCAGAAGUUUGCGUAUGGGGAACAGGUUGUGGUGGACAACCCUUUUGGUAAAUUGGAUGGACUCUCUGUGAUCAUCCCAGCACCAUCUCCAUCCAGCACAGAUGAUCAUCCUAGUCCACCAGGGAGUGCCUGUUCAGAUGCAGUGGCACCACAAAGCUCUCCUGUUCCACAGGGCAACACAUCAUCCACAAAGAGCUGCACCAGCAAUGAAAAGGGUUCCAACAAGAAUAACCCAUCGGGCAUGGUGGACAUGGACCCAAGUGCCAUGACGCCCCCCUCCAUUGACCUCAACAUGAACCGUAUCAUCAAGCAGGAGCAGCAGGGGCCCUCAAUGUGCAGCAACAGUGGUAGUUGCGACAAAUCAGACAACGCCAGCAACCGUGGCAGCAGCAUCUCAUCGCCAACGACUCCUCAGGGGCCAUCCCUUUGUCAGAUGGUGACCUUCAAGGAGCCGUUGGUACCUGGUGGAAGCGGGUUUGGGCCAAGCAGCAAUCCCUUCAGGGCACAUGGACCAGGUCCUGGUCCUGGGUUUUUUCUGGAUAAGAAUAGGUUCCAGAGGCAGACUUCUGAGCCAUGUUUUGGCAACCUGACCCAUUCGAUGGGAUCAACAGGAAACUCUGGAGCUGACUCUGGUGGUAGUAAUGGCAGUGGUGGUGGUGGAGGAGGACCUCAUCCUUUCCAGCGUCAGAACUCUGAGCCAGUAUUCCUACCAUUCAAGAACCGAGGCAUGUUCAAUCAAACCCGCUUCAGGGAUACUAUUGUGAAACAGGAGCCAGUGGAUUAUGGCUAUGAAGCUGAAGUACCAAGAUCCUUUGGGAACGGAUUCCAACGUCAGGAGAUGUUUAUUCAACGCCAAUGCAAGGAAGAAGGAGGCCAAGUGGAUUGUGGAAGGGCAUUCUAUGACGAUGCAAGUGUUCCAGAAAAGCCCCCAGAACAGCACAAUGAACCAAGACAUGAGGUGGUUCGAGAAGGACCUCUUUACCACAGACGUGGCUCUCUUCAACUUUGGCAGUUCCUUGUAACUCUCCUUGAAGACCAGUCCAAUGGUCACUUCAUCGCAUGGACCGGGCGUGGCCUGGAGUUUAAGCUCAUCGAUCCUGAAGAGGUUGCGAGACGAUGGGGUAUUCAGAAGAACCGGCCUGCCAUGAACUACGACAAGCUCUCUCGUUCACUGCGCUACUACUACGAGAAGGGUAUCAUGCAGAAAGUUGCUGGAGAGCGUUACGUCUACAAGUUUGUUUGUGACCCUGAGGCUCUCUUCAUCAUGGCAUUUCCUGAUGGUCUCCACACCCAGCUUAGGGUUUCCUUACCCCCUCCUCAUGACCAAAGGCAACCCCCUCCUCAGAUGAGACCGAUCCACCCGAAAAAAGAACCGGGAGUCAUGACCCAUCCGCCUCCCCAGCCCCCCAGUAGGACGGGGAGCAGUGAAAACUGUGACGUCUUUGUUCCUGACCUCAGCCAUGCUAGUUCCUGCAUGACAAAGUCAUUCUCUGAGGGCUGUGUUUACUGAAAACCUCUUUCCUUCUCUUCCCCAAGGUCAAUUCCUUCGGGGCAGGGAGGAUCGAUUCAAGAAAAACACUCUUUUUUGUACACACAGAGAUUAUACGAAAAUUGCUUGUACUAUAGUUGAAUAUGAUGUUCACAAGUUUGAUUUGUUAAAUGACUUGCAUUGUGUGUUCACUCACUUCUGUUAUCACUGGUUUAAAAGUUAUCUUAUUUUUUUUACAUUGAAUAAGAGAUAAGAUGAUAAGAAAGUGGUACACUAUGGGAGUACUUUUGGCCUCACAGUGUUUCAAGAAUUGAUGGUAUAUGGUGUUAAAGAUCCAAAUAUUUUCAAAACUGUAAUCUUGUAGAGGUCAACCAUCAAGAAGGCUCUGCAAUGUUUUCCACUAUAAAUAAUCAAAUUUGUUGCCAUUUAGCCAUUGAUAUGAUGAUGAAAAAUUAUGAUUGUAUCACUAAUGAAAUUCAAAUAUUCAGUUUAAAAAAAAUUAUUCUAUCUGUCAACUAAAUACUAUUAACACCACAAACUGCCAAAUUGCAAAGCAAAAAUUUGUUCCAAGAUUACACAACCAUCAACACCAAGCAUUUAACACUAUUAAGCUUGGAGUAUUCUUUUUGAUGUGUGGUGCCAUAUUUCAUUACAUUUCAAUCAGAAUCCGAUCAGGCUGUGUACUUCAGUGCAUUGUUUAUGCAAUUUCUUUGGAAAGAUUUUCUCAAAUAUCAUAGCAGGAAGUUCUCAUUGGGCUCCAAUAUAGUACAAGUAAGUUUUAGAACAGUCUUUAAAGAUAAGCUUCAGUAAUAGAUGAGUUGGUGCUUCGGAUACUGAGAGUGACUUGAUGUAUUGAUAUUAUAAGUAUAAAUUUCAGUGGGGAGUAAAAUUGGCUGAGAAAUGGCUCUAAAAACUCCCAAACAAAAGCAUUGAAUUUUGUAUGACAUCUGGAAAAAAAAUCACUCAUGUGUAAAAUCAAUUUAAAAUUGUUAAUUUGCCAUGAAUACAAAGCGCGGUGCACAUCUUUGCAAGGAGCUGUAGGUAUGAAAGUGUGGCUCAGACAGUGACUAAUCAUAAGAAUUGAAUUUAAUCAAAAGUCGAAAGAAAAAGUGAGUGGAUCAUCAGAUGAUCACUCCCAUGAAUGUUUUCAUGGAAUUUGGACAAUAUAGUCAUAUGUAAUCCAUCAACUUGAUGCCCUUCGCUCCCAAUACUGAAUCCGGUCUUUAAAACCUUUGAGCUUGUAUUAUAGUAUUUUUGAAGAACCCUUCAUGUUUUGUCUGUUGAAGAAAUAGCUAUUACAGUGAAUUCUUUGAAUCUUGCAGCUGCUUAGAAAGUCACUUUGUGUAGAAUGGAUUCAUGCUAGUUGGUUAUACCUCUUUGAAGAUUAAAAAAAUGUGAUUACUAAAAAAAAUUAUGUCAUGAUUGUUUGAUUUUUUUUGGUCUGAUGUGAAAUUGUUGUGUAACAUCGAUGCCUAAAUGUUGGUAUCACAGUAUUGAUCACUGAUGUUCUGUACACCAUGCGAGCAUCAUAUAACAUUAAAGUGUAUAUGUAUAUCUUGUGCAUGAAUUGAUAACACUUCACACCAUGGAUUUUACACCAUGCAAGCUUCAUGCAUUAUCAGAAUGUAUAUUUUGUGCAUGAUUUAAUAACACUUUACACCAUGGUCUUUACACCAUGCAAGAUUCACAUAAUAUUAAGAUGUAUAUCUUGUGCAUGAUUUGAUAAUACUUAUUUGUAAGGGUUAUGAGAAAUGUAUGAUAGCCUUAUCUUUUACUGUCUUUAGGAGGCGUUUUCACUCAUAUGAGUAGUACUAUAUUAUCUCUCAGUACAGAUAACUUUCAGUUCUACAUUGGCGACGAUGACAUCAGUACAUCAGGCUUACUCUAUGAAUAAGGGAAAGUCUAUUAUUUUUUACCAGUACAACGUAGACCUUAUCAAAGAUUGGUAAUUUUGUAUUUUUUUAAGAGAACAAAGUAUAUUUCAUACCGAUAUUUGUCAUCACAUUUUAUCAGAGAUAAUUGUAUGUCAGGAAAGUAUCUGAGUUUUUGCAUGAUUUGUGAAUAUAUUCAACUGAAUUUCAGAUUUAUUGUGAGAUGUCAUAAAUGUGUUUCAGUGUUUCUAUAACAUAAAUAUCAGGUAUUGGCAUGUUGACUGCAGUAUCAUUAUGUUGUGUAAAAAUUUACUAAUGAAAUCUAUUCCCCCUGUUUUGAAACCAUUUCUCUGUAAAAUAUUUGCUUAUUGAAUUUUCUGCUUUCUGUUUUUAAUAAUUUACGGUUUCCCCAUAGAUCUGUAUUUUUUGGUAAGUUUUUGAAGAGAUGGAAAAAAUCUUGAAUUAUUAUAUACAGUAGAUUUCAAAUUGUGUUUGCAAGAUAAAGAGGCAGGUCAGUACCAGAAAAAGAAAGGUAUCGUAAUGAAUUGGAAAUAUUGGUUAUUGUGGUAUUUUUAAAGUUACUAAUUUUCUAUUCAAAUCUUUUGAAUUUUUAUUACUUAUAAUACAAAACCAGACUGAAGAUUUUAAAAGAUAAUUAAUCUUAUGUUCAAAUUUUGGAUGGAUCAAAUUAUUCAUAUUUUUAAAACAUUGAUUACUAAAUGUGUCGAAUGUCCUAAGAAGCUGUAUUUUAGCAUCAUUAGUUCUACAGAGCAAGAGAUCUGUUCAUAUUCCCCACUGCCGUGCACAUGUAUAUAAUACAUAUUUCAUUUUUUGAAAAGACAUCUCAGUAUGUCUCUUUAUAUAUUUAUUUGCAUACAUACUCAUGUUGUCAAGGAAGGAUUUUGGUCAAUUGCAAAAUGGAAAACAUAAAUGAUUGUUUCUAAACAAACUUACUAUAAAAAAAAUCAACAACAUAAGGUUAUGAUUUAAAUGAUGUUUUAUUGGUCACUUCAAGGAACAUGCAUUCAAUACAGUUGAACAAAUACAAAUGAUACAUUGUAAGAAAUUACAUAACAGUUACACAACAUAAAUGGAUAACCACUGUAUCAUGUCUCGCCACCUGUGUUCGUGGACACUCAUUUUGUUAAUAUCGAUUAAUACUACUAUCUUUUAAUUCUAUGUACACAGAAAUGGUGGUGAAACUGCUGGUGUCUUUAACGAGAUGAAGCAUUUAUUACACAAUACAUGUCGGAGUACAACAAUAGUAAUCCACCAAAAGAGAAUAAAUUGUGAGCUCUUAUCAUUAAUUUACUGUUUUUAACAACCUCAGUAGAGGAAUUAUUUUAAAUUUAUUUCAAAUUAUUUCCCAUAAUCAUUUCAAGUUGUAUAUGGAUCUCUGUAUUUUUCAAAAGUGCACUCAUGUAUUUGAGAGUUAGUUUAAGAGAAAUAGACUUCUAAAUUAAGAACAGUUGUUUGAUAAAGAGCAGUUUUUUUUUUAUAUUGAUUAAAUACAAUGAUUAGCAUACCAGCUGUUCUAAUAUAUUUAGAAGUAUUAUUUCUAGGAAAGUGAGAAGUUGUAGAGAUACAACAGAAUGAGAAUGGCAUUCUCCAAUUAUUUCAUUUUUUGUACAUAUUUUUCAUGAAAAGUGUUGACCAGUGCCUAAAAAGGAAAUCUUGUGUUUUUUUCUAAUUGUCUAAGAGAAUACAAAAUCUAGAUUAAAGAGAAAACAAUUAAGAAGUGGAGAGAUAUAUUGAAAUGCAGAAAGUACUAGAAAGACAGAAAAUAUCUACUUUUAUACCUUAUCAGUGAGCAGAGUUUUAACAAAAAAUCAUCAAUGUUUUUGUAGGAAUUUAAAUGGAAAAAGUUGGAGUUAUUUUUUCAUACUGUAUUUCAAGAUUUGUACAGAUGUAGUGUAUGGGAUGCUGAAGAUAUUGCUUUGUUUCUCUCUGUCUUAAUUUUUUUUUACUACAUAUCAAAUGAUUGAUGUACAUUGUAUGUCUAGGUGGCUCACCAAAUUGAUAAAGAUAGUGAAGUGUAUCAGUAUUCAUAUCAUAAAGUUUGUACACACAUUUUAAUUAUUGUACAGAAAAUUUCACUUUCACAUAAAUUGGUAAAAAUUAAAGUGUUGCACAUAUUGCUGUUUGUUCCAAUUAAGUAAAACUUAGUGUUUGAAAGUGAAAUUAAAGUUUGUUAUCUCACCUUGGUAUUCAGAAUUAGGGCUGUGUAUCUGCAAUUUGGGUGAGGGAUAUAACUAAGGAGAAUUUUAAAAGCGUAAUAUGAUCUUGCCCAAAAAUCAGUAAAUUCAGCCCCAACAAAGGAAAUGAUUAAGUAACAUUUUUUUAAAUAUCUUUACUUGGCUAUCCACUUUCAUAGAGAUCUUUAUGAAGUAAAUAUUACUGUUUAAUGAUGCCCAAAACUUAUUUACGGAAGGGACCUAUUCCACAAAUAUCUACAGAACUCCCCUGCUCAAGUGAAAAUUUAUUGUACAAAAUCAUCACAGCUGAUGUCCCCCUUUCCCCUCCCUUUGUCUCUAAUAUAAUCACAUUGUAUAUUUACAUUCUUUUAUUUUGAACAAGAGUUGUACUUACAUUAUUCAAAGGUGGAUUUUUAAUGCUUUGCUUAAUUUGAUUUGGAGAAUUUGUAAAUAGCAAAAGCAGAAUACAGCAGUUUUACUUUGUGAAAAAAAAUGUGUUAAAAUAGCAAACAUUUUUAUUUUGCUAUAUGUGUCUUUGUUAACAUAAAUUUGACCUUUGAGGGUAGGGUACAUUUCUCAAAGAAUAUAUAAAAUUGAAUAGUAAUUGACACAGGACAUUUUUCAAAAAUGUCAUUUUUAUCACAAAUUUUAUCAACAUUAUCAAAUAUUUGCACUUGUGGAUUCUAACAUAAAAAAUAGGUACUUUUUGUUAUUGUAAUCCGGUUGGUCACAUCUGCUUAACUCUUGUAUGUGUUAAUUAUCCUUUUCACUUUUAGUAUUUCAGAAUUCUCUUUUUAGCAGCAUCUUGUUUAAAGCAUUGUGAAAUUACAGUCAGCAGGGCAGUCCUCAGCUUGUUUUGCUAAUUUCUGAACCACUGUCUCUUCAAAUUAUCAGAACCCUUUCAAAUAAAAGACUAACAAUAGUUUGAGUUUUUUUUUUAAUUGCUGCAGGUGUUUUGGGAAUUUUCUCUGUCACUUGAAGUCUAUCUCCUAAUUAUUUGAAUGAAUUAAAAUAAUGGUAGUUGUUUGAGUGAGUUGUCAAUUGGAUGAAGUGAAGCUGCAGAUCUUAAGAUCGCUAAGUGUUUUCUUAUGAAAAAGUGCUGCAAAGUUAUUCAUAUGGUACUGGGCAGUUUUUAUGACAUACAUUGGCUAUAUCCUAAUUGGCUAUAUGAAGCCAGAAACAAGAAUUUAACCAAAUGUCAGGUACAAAUCCAUAUAUACUUCCUUGAUAUGAUAUGUUAAAAAUUAAAUCUAGAGAAAUCUUACUUGCAAUUGAAUAUCAGGAUUUUAUUUUUCAAUUCGCUUAUAGUUGCUCUUGGUAAUUUUUUAUUUUUCCUGAAGCUUGGGUAUGUCAUCUAAUGAUAUCACUUGUUAAUAUAAAGUUAUAAAAUUAAGAACUGGGAACAUUAAUUUGAAAAAGAAUGUUAGCACCUUCCCUAGCCAUUAGACUCAUUGUCACUGUUUUGCACAGUCUUGAGUAGUGAUUAAGAUUAACAUGUUACUUUUGAUUUAAAGAUUCAAAUUCUACCAUACUUUAUAGAUAUCUUGACUCUUUUAUUGCUCUAAUAAUUUCAUUAUGGAGGGACAUAAUCAAUAUAUGCUUUAAUCAUGACUUUUGUUUUAAUAUUUACUUGAAAUGAGUAAUAUGGCAUAUAAGAAAUCCUAAUGGCUUUAUCAACCUUCAUAGAACUCUCUGGUGAAUAGCUUGGUUCUAACAUUUAUUUUGAAUAAUAUAAUUAAACCUCAAAUUUUAUAGUUGUAUAAAGGCAUACAAAACUUUUAUAAAGCCUUUCCACAUGAUAAUGACUUUGAUUUCUUAGUUAAUGUAAAAUCAUUGCAAGUUUCUAUGUUUUGGGGCAGAUGUUGCUUUUCUCAUUAAAUCACAGUGGUUUUGUACAUAGCAA